CCACAUGACUUCUACACGCUCUAUUUCCUUAUACAUACCUCAGCUAUUUCGUAGACGUCAUUGACCUCAAAGUCAUGAUAAUGUUUUAUUUUUUUUAUUCAUCAAAAAGCCAUACCCGAAAACCAAACCAGUUUCACCAAUUUGUUCCAAUCAAUCUUGCUAUGGAUUAGUAAACAGCCAACUAUGACCAAAACCAAGAACUUCCUUGUAAAACUCCUCAAACCCUUCAAGUUCCAGUUCAAUGGAGAGGGGACAGAGGAAGAAGACUUGGAAAGAAUUGCUGCGCAAGAGCAGAAGCUAUUUCCUUUUGAAACCUUAGUUUCAGCUACCAAAGAUUUUCAUUCCAGUAACAAGCUUGGUGAAGGCGGUUUUGGCCCUGUUCACAAGGGGAAGUUGGAUGAUGGGAGGGAAAUUGCAGUGAAGAACUUGUCUCAUAGCUCAAAUCAGGGAAAGAAAGAGUUCCUGAAUGAGGUGAAGCUGUUGGCUCGGGUGCAGCACCGAAAUGUGGUGAAGUUGUUGGGGUACUGUGUGCAUGAUGCAGAGAAGCUACUUGUGUACGAGUAUGUGGCUAAUGAGAGCCUUGACAAGCUUCUCUUCAAGUCUGGCAGACGAGAUUCACUAGAUUGGAAGCAGAGGAAUGACAUAAUAGUUGGCAUUGCUCGUGGCUUGCUUUACCUUCAUGAAGACUCGCAUGUUCCCAUCAUCCACCGUGACAUCAAGGCCAGCAAUAUCCUUUUAGACAAUAAGUGGGUGCCCAAGAUUGCAGAUUUUGGCAUGGCACGGCUCUCUCCUGAAGAUCAAACAUAUGUUCACACCCGUGUAGCUGGUACCAAUGGCUACAUGGCGCCAGAAUAUGUCAUGCAUGGCCAUUUAUCCACGAAGGCAGACGUAUUUAGCUUUGGGGUUUUGGUUCUGGAGCUGAUCAGCGGACAGAAGAACUCAACAUUUAACCUGGAUCCUGAUUCCCAGGAUCUACUUGAAUGGGCAUAUAAGCUUUACAAGAAAGGUAGGAGCUUGGAUAUUAUGGACUCUAUAUUGGCAUCAUCAGCAGUUCCUGAUCAGGUAGCAUUGUGUAUACAGAUUGGGUUGCUUUGCACCCAAUCCGAUCCACAGUUACGACCCACCAUGCGUCGUGUGGUGGUGAUGCUAUCAAAGAGGCCAGCCAUCCUUGAAGAACCAACUCGACCUGGAUACCCUGGUACAAGGUAUAGAAGAUCGCGAAGGGCCACCGCAGCAUCAUCCUCUACUGCCGGAACUUCCAGUGAAUCCAGUUCUCGUACGUUUGGUUCCUCCACCAGUGCCACUGCGAGCACUGCAACCUUUACAAGCCCAAGAUUAUACGAUCCUCAUGGAAAACGCCCCAUGAAAGGUUAGGUCGAUUCUUAUAGGAGAGUUUCUUGUUCAUUGUGCAUAAUAGUUUUUUGGUGUUAAAAAAAAUUAUGAUGUUACUUUUUUGCUAUGUAAAUUAUUAGGGGAUGAGUUAAAAGAAUGCUAAGGUACGAUUAGGGUACCAAUUACUUGGAGUAUACAUGAAAAAACAAAGUUCAUUAUUUUUUAUAGGAUGGGAUUAUUUGUUAGUUUUCCAUUUUUCUUUUUUUUGUGUCAUCGAGCACUUUGUUCAUGUGUGAGCGGGUGUUAUAGUUUGUCCGAUGUUUAUACUUCAGAGACUCUUAAAUAAU